GCGGUGGAUUGACUCGGUGGAAGAAUCAUUCCUUCUUUUAGACAUUUCUUACUCCACAAAGUUACUUUUAUAAUAAAUAUUUAUACAAAAAAAAAUAUUUAUAUUAAUAUAUACUAUUUUAUUUUCUUCCAUUAUACAUUAACAAGAAAGAAAAAAAAAAUACACGCCAUGCUUCGAUCAUUUACUAAAUUUAAACCUAAUGCAGCCAUGUCUAUGCGUAUGAUGACUAGACCAGUUAUUACGCAGACAAAGCGUGGAUAUGUAUUUCCUGCUGGACAACAAGAGUUUCUAAAUGAAAGACUUGAAAAAAUGGAUCCUGAAAUGUUUGAUAUCAUUGAAAGGGAAAAGAAAAGACAACAAGAAAGUAUUGAUCUUAUUCCAUCCGAGAACUUUACUUCUCGAGCUGUCAUGGAUGCUCUCGGUAGCGUUAUGCAAAAUAAAUAUUCUGAAGGAUAUCCAGGUGCAAGAUAUUAUGGUGGUAAUGAAUUUAUUGACAUGUCAGAAAAUUUGUGUCGUAAGAGAGCUUUAGAGGCAUUUGAUCUUGAUAAUAAAAAAUGGGGUGUUAAUGUUCAGCCUUUAUCGGGUGCACCUGCUAAUUUGUAUGUCUAUGGCGCACUCUUGAAGCCUCAUGAACGCAUUAUGGGUCUUGAUUUACCUCAUGGUGGACAUCUAUCUCAUGGUUAUCAAAUUCCAAAUAAAAAAAUCUCUCAAGUCUCUGCUUAUUUCGAGACAUUACCUUAUCGUUUAGAUGAAACAACAGGUCGUAUUGAUUAUGAUGCAUUAGAAAAGAAUGCUAUGCUUUAUAGACCUAAAAUGAUUGUUGCUGGUGCAAGUGCUUAUUCUCGUAAUAUUGACUACGCAAGAAUGAAACAGAUUGCUGAUCAAUGUGGUGCUUAUUUAAUGGCUGAUAUUGCUCAUAUAUCGGGUUUAAUUGCUGCUAACGUAUUACCUGGUCCAUUUGAGUAUGCUGAUAUCGUUACUACAACUACUCAUAAAUCUCUACGUGGUCCUCGUGGGGCUAUGAUUUUCUUUAGAAAGGGUCUUCGUAGUGUAGACAAGAAAGGAAAGGAAACUUUUUAUGAUUUAGAAAAUCCUAUCAAUCAAUCUGUAUUUCCAGGUCAUCAAGGAGGUCCACAUAACCAUACAAUCUCUGCUCUUUCUGUUGCACUCAAACAAGUCAAAUCUCCACUCUUUAAAGAAUAUCAAACUCAGGUACUUAAAAAUAAUACUGCCUUUGCUGACCGUCUUCAAGAACUUCAUUACGAACUUGUAUCUGGAGGUACAGACAAUCACUUAUUAUUAAUUAAUCUCAUAAAGUCUACAAAAUCACUCGUCGAUGGUGCUCGUCUUGAGCGUGUUCUUGAACUUGUUAACAUCGCUGCUAACAAAAAUACUGUCCCAGGUGAUAAGAGCGCUCUUAUUCCUGGAGGUUUAAGAGUGGGUACACCUGCUAUGACAAGCCGUGGUCUUCUUGAAGACGAUUUUGUAAAGAUUGCUGACUUUAUUGAUAGAGCUGUUCAAAUUACACAAGAAGAAAGGGCAAAGGUGGAAGGAAAACGAUUGAUUGACUUUAAACAUCAUAUCGGUGAUGGAAGUCAAAUUGAAACUAUUCAGUCAUUGAAAAAGGAUGUUAUAGAAUUUGCUUCUGGCUUUCCUACUGUUGGUUUUUGGGAGUCUGAAAUGAAAUACAAAUAAAUAAAUAAAAAAAAAAAAUAAAGAAAUAAAUAGAAAUAUUGUUUAGUAGAGAAGAG